GAAGGAGGCGCUGCGCGGCUGGCCGCCUUUGUCCCGGCCGGGGAGGGGCCCGGCCAUGUAUCCCCAAGGGCGGCACCCGGCACCCCACCAGCCCGGCCAGCCCGGCUUCAAGUUCACGGUGGCCGAAUCCUGCGACCGCAUCAAAGACGAGUUCCAGUUCUUGCAGGCGCAGUACCACAGUCUUAAAGUGGAAUACGAUAAGCUUGCUAACGAAAAGACAGAAAUGCAGCGCCAUUACGUUAUGUACUAUGAAAUGUCUUAUGGCUUGAACAUAGAAAUGCACAAGCAGACAGAGAUUGCUAAAAGGCUGAACACGAUUCUCGCCCAGAUUAUGCCUUUUCUCUCGCAAGAGCACCAACAGCAAGUGGCUCAGGCUGUUGAGCGUGCCAAACAGGUCACCAUGACUGAGCUGAACGCCAUCAUCGGGGUACGUGGAGUUCCCAAUCUGCCUCUCACCCAGCUCCAGGCUCAGCACCUCUCCCACGCAGCCCACGGGCCCCCGGUGCAGCUGCCGCCUCACCCGUCAGGUCUGCAGCCGCCAGGGAUCCCUCCCGUCUCCGGGAGCAGCUCCGGGCUGCUGGCUUUGGGGGCCCUGGGCGGCCAGGCGCACCUGGCCGUGAAGGAUGAGAAGAACCACCACGACCUGGACCACCGAGAUCGAGACUCCAGCGCAAAUAACUCCAUCUCCCCAUCCGAGAGCCUACGAACCAGCGAGAAGCACAGGAGCUCCGCAGACUAUGGCCUUGACUCCAAGAAGCGGAAGGCCGAGGAGAAAGACAGCCUGAGUCGAUACGACAGUGACGGGGACAAGAGCGAUGACCUUGUGGUGGACGUCUCCAAUGAGGAUCCUGCGACCCCCCGAGUAAGCCCUGCUCAUUCUCCCCCAGAAAAUGGGAUUGACAAAGCCCGGGGGCUGAAAAAGGAUGCCCCCAACAGCCCCGCCUCUGUCGCCUCCUCCAGCAGCACACCUUCUUCCAAGACUAAAGACCUCGGCCACAAUGACAAAGCCUCCACCCCCGGACUGAAAUCGACCACUCCUACCCCAAGGAAUGAUGCACCAACGCCGGGGACGAGUACCACCCCAGGGCUGCGACCAAUGCCAGGCAAGCCAUCUGGAAUGGACCCUCUGGCAUCUGCCCUGAGGACGCCCAUCUCGAUAGCGGGUUCUUAUGCCACCCCGUUUGCCAUGAUGGGGCACCACGAAAUGAACGGCUCCCUCGCCAGCCCCGGGGCCUACACGGGCCUUCACAGCAUCCCCCCCCAGAUGGCCGCCGCUGCCGCCGCUGCCUACGGCCGCUCUCCCAUGGUGAGCUUUGGAGCUGUUGGCUUUGACCCACAUCCUCCCAUGAGAGCCCCGGUCCUGCCCACCAGCCUGGCAUCCAUUCCUGGCGGCAAGCCGGCCUACUCAUUCCAUGUAAGUGCCGAUGGGCAGAUGCAGCCAGUCCCCUUCCCGCACGAUGCCCUUGCUGGGCCUGGCAUCCCCCGGCACGCACGCCAGAUCAACACGUUGAGCCACGGCGAGGUGGUGUGUGCCGUGACCAUCAGCAACCCGACUCGCCACGUCUACACGGGUGGGAAGGGGUGUGUGAAGAUCUGGGACAUCAGCCAGCCGGGCAGCAAAAGCCCCGUCUCGCAGCUGGAUUGCUUGAAUAGAGACAACUACAUCCGCUCCUGCAAGCUCCUCCCCGACGGGCGCACGCUGAUCGUGGGCGGGGAGGCCAGCACCCUCACCAUCUGGGACCUGGCCUCCCCCACCCCAAGGAUCAAGGCGGAGUUGACCUCUUCCGCCCCCGCCUGCUACGCCCUGGCCAUCAGCCCGGAUGCCAAAGUCUGCUUUUCCUGCUGCAGUGACGGGAACAUCGCCGUCUGGGAUCUCCACAAUCAAACCCUGGUCAGGCAGUUCCAGGGUCACACGGACGGGGCCAGCUGCAUCGACAUUUCACACGAUGGCACCAAACUGUGGACGGGAGGCCUGGACAACACGGUGCGCUCCUGGGACCUCCGGGAAGGCAGGCAGCUUCAGCAGCAUGACUUCACCUCCCAGAUCUUCUCGCUGGGGUACUGCCCGACUGGGGAGUGGCUUGCCGUGGGCAUGGAGAGCAGCAACGUGGAGGUUCUGCACCACACCAAGCCUGACAAAUACCAGCUCCACCUUCAUGAGAGCUGCGUCCUCUCCCUCAAGUUCGCCUACUGUGGGAAGUGGUUUGUGAGCACCGGCAAAGACAACCUCCUCAAUGCCUGGAGGACUCCUUACGGAGCAAGCAUAUUCCAGUCGAAGGAAUCUUCCUCGGUCUUAAGCUGUGAUAUUUCGGCUGAUGACAAAUACAUCGUCACGGGAUCAGGAGACAAGAAGGCCACCGUCUAUGAGGUGAUCUACUGAGCCG